AUGGCACUCAUAUGCUGGCUAAGGAAGCUGAUGAUUGGUGGUUGGAGACGCUUGCUAGGUUGGAGUUUUCAGGUGAGGAAGUCACUUGGAAUGUGUUCCGUAGGGAAUUUAUUAGAGUUGACGCAAGGGAAUAAGUCUGUGACCGAGUAUGCUGCCAAGUUCACUGAGUUGAUUAAGUUCUAUCCUCACUUUGAUGGCGAAGGUGCUGAAUUUUCUAAGUGCAUCAAGUUUCAGAAUGGGCUACGCUCAGAGAUCAAGAAGGCUGUUGGGUACCAAAAGAUCCGUUUGUUUUCUGAUUUGGUUGACAGUUGUAGGAUCUUUGAGGAGGAUAGUAAUGCUCAUCACAAGAUGGUUAGUGAUAGAAGGGGCAAGAAUCAACAAAGCCGUGGGAAACCGUAUGAUGCUGGUAAAGGGAAACAAAGAGUUACUCAUGGUCAGAGGUCUAGUGGAGGAGAUGCUCCUGCUAGGAUUGUAUGUUUCAAGUGUGGUCAACCUGGUCAUAAGAGCAAUGCUUGUACUGCUGAUGCGAGGAAGUUCAAAACCACAUAG